AUGUACCACUCACAGCUCUCAAUCCGCAGUUUCACCUUUGUUGUCGAUGCUCCUCGCCUCGGCCCUAACACAAUGUACCGAGUCCCCCAUGCUACCCCCUGGCGUUGUACUGGCACCUCUAUAGAUCCCAUUCCUCAUAUCAAGCUCAAUGUUCUUACACCUGCUCCUAUGGAAUCUCCACCCACUCAAAGAAACUGGUUGACAUUUGAGGGUCCCAUCACGGGUGUCAGCUCCACGGGGGUCAUUGAGAUUCAGACCACUUCCUCUAACUACUACUCUGAUAUCCCACUCAGUUACCGGGUCCCUUACCUUGAGGUUUGUGGUCAUGUCACCAUAAUCGAAGUUGUAUCAAGUACCCAAGUCACCGUCUCAAACCCCGCAGCACCA